AUGGCCGAAACAGCCACGACAUCCACAACCACCACCUCACCGUCACAGAGCCCGCCCGACCUUCCCACCCGCUCACAAAACCUCCUCGCCCUCAACAAGCUCUUCCACGCAAACCGCAACCCAACCUCCCUCUUCGCAAACCCCCAACACGUAACCUUCCCAACAACAACAACCCUCCCCUUCCGCGAAAUCGGCAGAGGCACAUUCGGCGCCGUCUUCGAGCAGCCCGGCAAGCGACACGCCUUCAAAGCCGAGAUCCGUCCCGAUCUCGCCUACGCCGACAAGUUCUGGCAUUUGGAGGACGAAGCGAUCGCGCAUAAAGCCAUCCAGGCGCCUUUGACUCUGUCAAGAGUCUCGGCAUUACGGUCAACGUUCCGAGGAUGA